AUGUUGCUUUUUGUUUCGGGUUUUUUAUUAUUAUUUUUGGAGCUUCUCUUUGGAGAAUGGAGCUGUCCCCAGAAUAAUUUAGACCUGUCCAAGUUGCAACAGUAUUCCCAAGUUGUUUUAUACACUUAUGACUUGAUUCAGGUAACUGGAGGCUCCAGUGGAAUUGGAAAAUGUAUUGCUAUUGAAUGUUACAAGCAAGGUGCUUUCAUAACACUGAUUGCUCGAGAUGAGAACAAGCUGUUGCAGACAAAGAAGGAAAUAGAAAAGUAUUCUGUUAAUGACAAGCAGGUUGUACUAUGUAUUUCUGUUGAUGUAUCUAAAGACUACGAACAGGUGGAGAAUGUUCUAAAACAGGCUCAGGAGAAGCUGGGGCCAGUUGACAUGCUUGUAAACUGUGCAGGAACAUCAGUUACAGGAAAAUUUGAAGAUAUUGAAGUGAAUUCUUUUGAAAGAUUAAUGGCAGUCAAUUAUCUGGGCAGUGUUUACCCAAGUCGAGCAGUAAUUGCUACCAUGAAGGAACGAAGAAUGGGAAGGAUUGUGUUUGUAUCAUCUCAGGCUGGGCAAUUAGGUCUAUUUGGCUAUACAGCUUAUUCUCCAACAAAGUUUGCUCUUCGAGGGUUGGCGGAAGCCCUGCAAAUGGAGGUAAAACCUUAUAAUAUCUACAUAACGGUGGCCUAUCCUCCAGAUACGGAUACACCUGGCUUUGCAGAAGAAAGUAAAACAAAGCCCUUAGAGACGAAGCUAAUUUCUGAAACCUCAUCUGUUUGCCAAGCAGAACAAGUCGCCAGAGUUAUAGUCAAAGAUGCGAUACAAGGGAACUUUAACAGCUCAGUUGGAUCAGAUGGUUACAUGCUAUCAAUAUUGACAAGUGGAAUGUCACCAGUCACUUCUAUUACUGAAGGUCUUCAGCAGGUUGUUUGCAUGGGCAUUUUUCGCAUCAUUGGCCUGUUUUACCUAGGAAGUUUUGACAGCAUAGUUCGUCGCUGCAUGAUGCAAAGGGAAAAAUCUGAAAGCACAGAUAAAAAUGAGUAAUGUUAACUUUUAUUUCGAAGAAGAAUGGUAAACAGUCCUGGACAGCUUGCUGCAUAAGGGGGACUCAGUUUUUCUCCUGAAGGAUUUAGACUGGAAGUACUUGCAUAUGUGACAGAUGAGUCCCCUCAAAAGCUAUGAAAGAAAACAAAAGCACGACUCCAGAAAACGCCAAACUAUGCAAAAGUGUGAAUGAAGAUUAGCUUUUUUUUUCCUGGUGAUUUGAAUUAGAGAGAAUUUGAGAAACUUGUAAGUGAUCUGCGGAGUAGAAUUUGAGAAUGGACUAUGUGCGGUGAUUCUGGACAAAUGCUUAAGUCUUCUUACUUUGGUGCUUAUGG